AAUGUAUUUCCGUAACCUCAGCUGUAUAGGCAACCAGUAAUGACGUAAGUCGCCGAUGACGCGGUGACUGUUUAGAGGUUAGAGGUAACCUAAAUAGUUUUUAUUUUGUUUUUGUCAAAUUUGAAGAAAACAUCACUGGUUAAUACAAAGGAUGGACAAGGAAGUUGAAGAUACUGUAAAAGAAGCCAAACUGUACCUAAAUAAGUUGACUUUAUUGGACAACGACUUGGAAGCAGCUAUAAAACAAAUCACUACAACAUUUGAGGAAACAAACAAAAACAUCCGGGAAACUUUUUCAAAUUUGAAAGCCACCUUGAUAAAGAUAUUGGACAAGAGAGAAGAACUCUUGCUGAAUCAAAGUAAAAAGAUAAAGGGUGAAGCAAUUGUACCACUGAAUGACUGUCGAAAAGUAGUGCAAGAAAAAAUGAAAACUACAAAUAAACUUAUAGAUACUGGCAGUGUUAUAAUGUCUAACCCUUCAAGCAAUUUUGAUUGUUUUAUGAAAGAUGCUAGUCUGUUAGGUAGUUUGCCUGAAGUGCCACAACUUAAAGAAGUGCCUUAUAUUAGUUUUCAUUCUUGUCCAUCUAGUGAGAAUGAAGUUAAAAACAUUUUGGAAAAAUUGGGUGAGGUAUCAAGGAUUGCUCCUGCACAGGUAACACAAAUGACUGAGAAGCCAGGUGCUAUACUGGUUGAAUGGCAAAUAGUUGAAAAUGAUGAAAGAAUGACUGAUAUACAAGAAUUCAAGUUACAAAGAGCUUUUGGUGAUGUAACAAAAGAUUUACAUUUGAUUGUGAACUUUAAUGACUGCUAUAAAGGACCAGAAACCCAACAUUUGGUUAAGGACCUUCAACCUGGGCAACCAUACUCUUUUAGAGUAGCCUGCAAGUUUGAAGGGAUUGCUGAAUGGUCCGCGUGGUCAUUACCACAAGUAUCUUCAACAAGGUUGAAGCCCUUUUCCUGGGAAGAAAAUGCUUACUUUGAAACAACUGGUGAAAAUAAAAUUGCCAAGCCUUGCAAAGAUGAUGCUCCAAUAAUAUUUUCUAAUGGUGCUCAGUUUUUUGUAGGACAUUCUAUUGAAUUCACGUUUUUAGAGACAGAUACAAAACCCAGCAAAGCCACUAUUGGACUAGUGACAGAAAGAACAGUUUCAAAUCUUCGCUCUCUAAAAGAAGGAUCAUUUCUUAUUAACCAAAGUGGACUGAUUCUAGUGGAUGGUGUAGAAAAGUCGACAGUGUUACCAGCAUUUGCAAAGGGUCAAAAGGUUUCCUUCUCUUCAACCCUGGUUAACUCUGACAAAGUGCGAGUGAAUAUUGAUUCAAAUGAAAAAAGAGUGACUUAUGAUUGGCCCAUCAAGCCUGAAAGUAAAAUGUAUUUUAUUGCUCAUUUUUCUUCAACACACUGGAAAAUAUUUGUUGAGUGAAUUUAAAUUGUAUUUUGUUUUUUGUGCAAGUUUUUAAUAUGUUCAGUAUUAGAAAAAAACAGUUAAAAUAUGAAAUUGUUAAAGUAGUCAAACAAACCUGACUUGCUUAAUAAAUUGAAAUAAAAGUACAUUACUAACAA